CCAAAAUAUAUCAAGUUAACGUUAUAUUGAAACUGUACAAACGAUUAUUAAAGUAACUCAAUUAAAAUCUACUUCUUCUGAAACUUAUAAAAAAUAUGAAAUCACAGUGAGAUCCAACAAUACUCGUUAGACAACUUUACGAUUGACCAAAUUAAGCUAAUUUACACCUUUACGUUUUAUUAGCAUUUUGCUUAUACAACAAAGCUAACGCUAGCGGACUAGCUAAAUUAAGCUAACGCCACACCAUUACAUCAAUGACGAGAGACCAGCUGCCACGAAACAUGUAAUGACGUUAACCCGACUGGGCUUCGGCCGUUUUCUCUGAACCGGCGUCGUUGCUGAGGAGAAACCUCCCGCCGGUGCCUCUCGGACUGUACCACGACACGAGUCCCGCCUCCCCUCCCCUGCCUACCGCCCCACAGUGGGCCGCUCCCCCCCCCCCCGUGUCUUCAUCGCCGGCGUCUGGUGGAAGCCCAAACAGAACAUCAUGGCGAUCGAUGGUGGCGAGCGUAACUGUGGAGUGCAUGAGCUGAUCUGCGUCAGAAAAGUCUCUCCAGAGGUGCUGGGGUUCCUGACCGCCAUCGGACUCUUCAUCAUCCUCGUCACCCUCCUGUUCUGGUACCUCAACAACAAGUUGGCUCUGGAGAGCCCAGGGAGCCUUCAGUGCCUCGAUGACUUCAGGAAGAAAAACAAGCCGCAAGACAAGGUCGACGCCGACCUGCAGGGCUCGUCGUCGGACAGCGAAGACGAGCUGAUGGGUCAGUACCAGGAGGCGGUCAGCCGCUCCCAGGGCCUGCGGGGAGGAGCCAAGGCGCCCGCCAACGCCAAGCAGGCCGGAGGCUUCCGCUGGGAGAGCCGCCAGAAGUACAGCCCUCUGACCGCCGACUACAACGGCUACAGCAGCGACGCCUCGGCCGACGACGCCAACUGCAUCCAGAGGAUGAGACGAACGCCGCCGCUGGACGAGCUCCAGCCCCCUCCCUACCAGGACGAGAACGGCUCCCCCAGGAUGUCCUGCACGCUGUCGGACCUGGGGGACGCCAAGUGCGACCUGUCCUACGCCAGCGGCAGCCCCCACCUGUCCUUCGGCAAAUGCCCCAGCGAGUGCAGCGACGGCCCCGAGAGUUACCUCCACAAGGGCUACGAGGAGGACGUGCCCAGCGACAGCACAGCUGUGCUCAGCCCCGAGAACAUGUCGGCCCGGGGGUCAGCCGCCCGGCUGGCGAAAGGUUAUGACCCGGAUCCGCUGGCCAAGCACGGCACCCUGGACGCCGUGUUCGACUACGACUCGGAGGAGCAGCAGCUGGCGGUCACCAUCAUGGCGGCGUCGGACCUCCCCGCCGCCAAGCGCACGGGCAACAUCUCCUGGCAGGUCCACCUGGUGCUGCUGCCCACCAAGAAGCAGAGGGCCAAGACGGGCAUCGCCCGAGGCCCCUGCCCGAUCUUCACCGAGACCUUCCACUUCAGCCACGUGGAGUCGGAGAUGAUCGGCAACUACGCCGUCCGGUUCCGCCUUUACAGCGUGCGGCGGAUGAAGAAGGAGAAGGCGCUCGGGGAAAAGGUGUUCUACCUCACCAAGCUCAACCUUCAGGGCAAGGUGUCCGUGCCGGUCAUGCUGGACCCUUGCUGUGCUCUCCCGGGCGGUGAAUCGCAGGUCAGCCUCUCGGACACGACAUGCAGCGAAAGCGCCUCAUCAUUCCAGUCAGUGAGCCAGACUUCCACACCAGAGAUCCUCGUGGGCCUGGUGUACAACGCCACGACAGGUCGGCUCUCCGUGGAGAUCAUUAAAGGCAUUCACUUUAAAAACCUCGCCGCCAACAAGCCACCCAGUCUCUCACCUUUACAACCUGUUUGACAUCUCGGUCCGUUGUUUUUUCUUACUGCUGUCCAACCCAUGUUGUCAGAUGGGCUGUUCUGUUGUCUAAAACACUUGAUAGGUGGACAGGUUUAUAUAAUCAGAGGUGAGUCUCUGUCCUGCCGCAAAGUGACGUGCCAUCGCCGUUGAAACCCGUCUUCAUGGAUGCAGUCGAUCCAACACAAAGCCCCCUCCCACAGUUUCUGUUCAACACGUCUUUCCCCCGAUUCAAAAGGUGGUGUCAAAUCAACACGUCACUUCACGUCUUCAUCGUCCCUCCCCUGCACACGCACAUAAACACACACACACACACUCUAAAAUGGAAACACUCAUCCAUGAAGAUGGCCGCCUGCUGCAUAGCUACCCGCCCCCUUCAUUCCGGAAUGUGUUUGUGUCAUGCACCCCGCUCUGGCUACCUGUGUCGUGUCACUCCUCUGUGUGCGUGCCCGUGAGGCCUGCAGGCCGUCCGCCUUUCCGCUCCCGAGCAGCACUGUUCACGCUGCUCCGGGGAAGGAAACGCCGCUGGCUCAGCGGCGCGCUGUUCGUUGCGCUUUGGGCUUCGUUUUUUGUUAAAUGUUCAGCUUUGCUUACGUCAGAAAGUAACAUAAAUGGAGAGAAGAGCAGAAACAUCCAUACAGUAGACUCCCCGCGAUGUCCUCCCAUUAAUUUCCGUGUUCCUUAUAGUCAUUAAUGUCUACAUGAGGAGCUGCCAGAUUUUGAUAAUGUUUAUGCUUUCCCAUACACUGUCUAUAAAUUGCGUUUUGGAAAUAGUCACAUCUGGCAACACUGCGGGGGAAAAAAGAGGAAAAAAAAUCAUUUUUUGCAAAAUCCUUAUGAAGGCCUUGAUUGACUUUGUGCUGCUCACAAAGUGGAGAGAUGCAGAGCCAUUUCAGAGCUCCUUUUCUGCCAUUUCAAAACAGUGCCGAGCCGCCAAGUCAAGUUAAUCAUCAGUCGCAGCCCCUCUCAUUCAGCCACAAUACCAAAGAGCCGUGCCUCACCGCCGCUGACCACUUAAGGCAUCCACGGCUCCACGGAGCCCAUUCAGCAGCAGUCGAAAAAGAAAUCAAGGCUAUUUUUUUUUCACUGUGCUUUUAUGUCAAAGAGAGCAACUGAAUGUGUGAUUCAAGGCGGGGAGCGAGGCGUUGGAAGGCAGCUGGCACUCGACGGCAUGAAAGCCUCGGCAAUUCAUUCCUUACACUCCCCCCCCCCCCCCCCUUUAGACAGGAACAUAAUGCACGCCGUCAUUGUGGAGUACGGUGGGAGACGAGGGGCGAAACACUCUCAAAGAGACAUUGUGAUUGCCAGUCUUCCCUCGUUUGCGUUACCGCUGGAUCUGUGGCGUCAGUUUCUCUCCUGAUUUCUGCAAAGGAAAUGAGGAGAGAAAAAGGAAACCGCCAACCGCUUAAUCACUCGAUGGUGCCGGUGUUUUUUUUGUUUUGUUUUUAGUAAGUCAAUGAAUGAGACUCAUUCUCUGGGAAUGUGCACGUAUUUGGGAGAGUAGAAACGCUGGGGAAUGUCUCACAGGACGACGUGAUCCUCAGCGUCUAAAGGUGAUGUUUUCUGAUCGGUUUGCAAACAUCCGCAGCGCGCACGCGCCCCCAUUCGGCACGAGGCCCUCCCCCCCAGGAGCUCCAAAAGUCUGCGACGUUGUGUCAAAGUCAGAGAAACACCAUAGUGGCUCCUGGAGGGUUCGUCCUGAUGGGGAACAUUCAUUCUACAGACGUAUUGCGAACUUCAUCCAGUCCAUUUCUCAUCCUCGACCGGCUCCCCGACAUCGGGCUAGACGUGCAGUUGUUGCAUGGCAACAAGGCAGAAGUAACGCCGCGUGCACGCUUUGAAUGUUCUCGCCCUCUCGCUAUCAGGAACACACACACACACACACAGCCGCGUUGUGUGUUUGAUCAGAGGAAGAGAAGAGAAAGAAAAAAAAAACGCAUCCUAUGUCGGAAUGAUCCUAUACAUCAACUGCUGCAGCGGCGUGAUUACAAGAAACCUUUGUGCCAAAAAAUGGGUCACAUUUUGCUGCAGAGAGAAACACAGCUGCGGCAGGUAGAAGCGCUUUAAUCCAAAGAUAA